GGAAAGAAAUGAAUAAACAUGAGAAAUCAAAAUCUAUAUCUAUCGGCCCCAGCUUAAACCAAAGCAUCACCAAAAGCUUCAGGAAAUAAAGAAUCGACAAAUUCAGUAUCGUUCAACCUUGACACCAUCAACCAUCAUAGUCCAGCUAAGAACAAAUAAGAUCACUCUCAGUCUACGUAGAUUCAAUAAGAACAAGAGGCAGACAUCAUUCAGAACAACUCAGGAGAAAAUGGACUUCAUGAUUGCUGCUUACAAUAAUAAAAUGGAGAUAAAAUAAUGCCUUGAACUACUCUUCAGAUUCAAGUCUCUCAGAUGACCAUUUAUUCAAGACCUUCAGUCCCAGGAAGGAGAAAAUAGAGAGAUCAUCCUGGACCAAGAUUUCCGAUCUGAUCUUUUACAAAGACAAGACAGCCUUCCAUAACAGAAUAAAGAAUAUAAAAUAAAAGUAUUCAGGAGAAAGUACCAAAUGAUGAAGCCAAGUUGUAUUCACCCAAGAAUGCAAGGAGAUCUCCACCAAAGAAGAGGAAGCAUGGAGAUAGAAGGCAUGCUUUAAUUAGUGCUAUGAAAGCACCCUAUCAUGCGAAGCAUGAUAGGGGCACUCCAAGCAAUCUAAACUCAGUUUACUACCCAUCUACUUCCAUCCAGGAAGGUGGUGUCGAAAGUGAUGAUAACACCUUUGAUUUCUCUAUUAAAUUGAGAAAAAGACUCAAGCCGAAAGCCAAGAGGCUAUCACCGAUGAGAAUCAACCUCAAAGCCAUAUCAUUCAAAAUGAUGAAGAAGGGAAUGUCUGAAGCUCUAAAGCCAAUACAAAAACAAAAACCUGAGGAUAGUAGCAGGAAGCAUCAAAGAUCUGCCUCUGUGAGAACUGCAAAGGUUGAUAACAGACUUGCAUAUUCUCUGAAAUCUGAAUCAAAAUAAAGGCCCAACAGUAGAGAAUUAUAUGAGAAAAAUGGCUCUAAAGAGGCACGGCUUGGAUAAUAAUUUAUAGUUUUGAGAUAAGCCACAUUAAAACACGCUUAAAUCAAUUUUCUGGUCAGAACAAGAAGCAAAAUGCUUCAUCUAUAAACCCUCGUAGGAAAAUUUGCUCAAACAUCACACCAGGCUUAACCAAUGAGAGACUGAGUUCUUGACAAAAGCACCUGAAUUCCUAUACAAAGACAGCAGGUUCAAGCCAAUCAUUCAAAACAGCAUUUGAUACUCAAAAUUAUGUAAACAGUGAUUAUGCUGAUUUCAGAGCCUCAACAGCUAAUAAUGGGAAUAAGAGAAAAGACAACUCUUCUAGUAAAUUCAAGGCCUAUGUUGAUCAGUUCAUCAAAGGAUUCUAACUUCAACUCAAAUAAGCAAAUC